UUGGUACCUCCUCCUCUCCUCCUCUCAGACUCUCGGCCCUCUGUGGGUCAGAUAGGAACAAGAUGGCGCCGGGAAGAGCGUUAGCUUCUGGACCAGUCGUUGCCUGAGAGACUGGUGCUGAUCCGGCAGGAUGAACCUCUGUGCGCAGUACUUACGACAGGCAGAGGCCCUGAAGGCGGACAUGACAGAUUCGAAGCUGGGGGCGGCGGAGGUGUGGACGUCCCGGCAGGCGCUGCAGGAUCUGUACCAGAAGAUGCUGGUGACCGAUCUGGAGUACGCUCUGGACAAGAAGGUGGAGCAAGACCUGUGGAAUCAUGCUUUUAAGAACCAGAUCACCACGCUGCAGAGCCAGGCCAAGAACCGAGCCAACCCCAACCGCAGCGAGGUCCAGGCCAACCUGUCGCUGUUCCUGGAGGCAGCUAGUGGCUUCUACACACAGUUGCUGCAGGAGCUGUGCACCGUGUUCAACGUGGACCUGCCGUGCCGCGUCAAGUCGUCUCAGCUCGGCAUCAUCAGCAAUAAGCAGAGCGUCAGCAGCGCCAUCGUCACGCCACAGCCCAGCUCCUGCUCCUACAUCUGCCAGCACUGCCUCGUCCACCUCGGAGACAUCGCUCGUUAUCGUAACCAGACCAGCCAGGCAGAGUCGUACUACCGACACGCAGCUCAGCUGGUCCCAUCCAACGGUCAGCCGUACAACCAGCUGGCCAUCCUGGCCUCGUCUAAAGGAGACCACCUCACCACCAUCUUCUACUACUGCCGCAGCAUCGCUGUCAAGUUCCCCUUCCCAGCAGCCUCCACCAACCUGCAGAAGGCCCUGUCCAAGGCUCUGGAGAGCCGCGAUGAGGUGAAAACCAAGUGGAGCGUGUCAGAUUUCAUCAGGGCCUUCAUCAAGUUUCACGGUCACGUCUACCUGAGCAAGAGUCUGGACAAACUAGACGCUCUGAGGGAGAAACUGGAGGAGCAGUUUCAGAGGCUGAUCCUACAGAAAGCCUUCAGCUCCCAGCAGCUGGUCCACAUCACGGUCAUCAACCUGUUUGAGCUGCACCACCUCCGAGACCUGACAGCUGACAGCGGAGAGCAGAGCUACAGCAGCGAGCAGCAGAUCAGCUGGUUCCAGCUGCUCGGACUCUUCAUGUCCUUCCUGGGAGUGAUGUGCAGCCGCGCUCUGCUCAACAAGAGCCGCGGGGAGGAGAUCAUGGGCGAGUGUCCUCUGCCGGCCAUCAAAGUUUCUCUGGACUGGCUCAAACUGAGACCCAGCGUCUUCCACGAGGCCGCCGUCCACCAGCGGCAGCAUGUCUGGCCCUGGCUCGUCUCCAUCCUCAACAGCUUCCAGCCCAAAGAGGACGAUGUGUCCUGUUCCUCAGUGACGCCACUGCCAGAGGAGUUUGAGUUGCAGGGUUUCUUGGCGCUCCGGCCUGCUCUGAGGUCGCUGGACUUCACUAAAGGGCAUCAGGGCAUCCUGGUGGACCGGGACGGCCUGCCGGUCCACACUCGGCACCAGAGACUCGUCGGUCUGGGAAAAUGGGUGGCCGACAACCAGCCGGGGCUGAUCCAGUGCAGAGUGAGUGAAGACGGCCUCCUCGUCUUCGUCACCGACAUUCCAGAGCAGGCCAUCGAGGAGCCGCAGGAGAAGGAGCCCCCGGUGCUGCAGGAGUCGUCCAACGCCGAGCAGACGCCCAACGACAACGGCGGCAACUCGGGCCUGAAGUCGGUGCUGUCGGCGGGGAAGACGCAGAGCGCGUGGCCCGACGGCAGCGACCGGCCCGUCGUCACCUUCAAGGAGAACAUCAAACCCAGGGAGCAGAGCCGCGAGCCCACGCGGAACCAUCACCUGAAGGACAGCGGCAAGGAGCGCCGAGACUUCACCAAGGGCAACGGGGCUGCUGGGAAAGGAGAGCUGAAGAGGGACGCCAAGAGGAAGAGCGAGCUGAAAAAAGUCGGUCACGAGAAAGCUACUGACGCUGUGAAACAGGUGAAGGCACAGACGGAGCUGAGGAAGACUCCGGUACCCGAGGCGAAGAAGACUCCUGUCACUCAGACUCAAACCACUGGCUCCUCCCAGUUCAUCCCCAUCCAUCACCCCGGAGCCUUCCCACCGCUGCCCAGCAGACCUGGUUUCCCUCCCUCAGCCUACGUCAUCCCUCCCCCGGUGGCGUUCCCGGGGCUUCAGGUCAACCCGGGCUUCACCUUCCCCACCGGAGUGUCCGUGCCCGGGCCUUUCCUCCAGCAGGGCGUCCACACGCAGGCCGGCACGCAGGCUGGCAAGCCGUCACACAUUCCCUACAGUCAGCAGCGGCCCUCUGGUCCCGGGCCGGGCCAGGGGCCGGGUCCCGGGCCCAUGAACCAGGGCCCCUCCCAGGGCCAGCAGUCCCAGAGCUUACAGCAGUCGGUGCAGCUGCAGGUGCAGGCCAUGAGCCAGCAGCAGCAGCAGUCUCCAACCAAACCGGGGCAGCAGGUUGGGAUGGGGAAGAGUCCGCCGCACCACCCAGGCCUGCAGCAGCAGUACAUGCAGGUCCAGGACCAGCCAGCCCAGAUGUGGAACCAGGCUCAGGCCGCUCUGCAGAAGAUUCCUCCGAUGCAGAUGUCCAUGAAGCAGCCUCAGCAGCAGCAGCCAUUCUACAUGGCGGCCCAGGAUCCGCUCAAACUGUACGAGCACCAGCUGCAGUCCAACAUGGACAAGAAGAUCAAGUACCCCAACGUCAAGAUGCAGGACUUCUACUGGGAGCCGUCGUACCGGAUGGGCGAAGGGCUGGCGGUGAUGGCCGACAGGAUGAAGAGACCGCCGCCGGGCGGCAUUUGCCCGGAGCAGGACGGCCCGGCCGGACCCCGCGGACCCCCGUUUGAGGACAACAAGAGCUCGCCUCUUCUCCCUCCUGACCUGUUAAAAACGCUAGCAGAUUUUGAGGAAGAGGAGGAGCUGGUCUUUUCUAAGCCUCCUGAUUUCUUCCAGGCCUUGGCCGGCCCUCUUAGCACUGCUCCGGGACCAAACAUAUUUCUGAACCAGACCAGGAUGGAGAGCGGUCCCGAGGUCGUCAGCCAAUCAUCUUCUCUGCUGCCCAUGUCAGGCUUCCCCAUGCAGGAGUACAACCAGAACAGCAUCUUCAGCCAGGCGUACGGGAAGAACCUGCCGCCCAGCUCCAAGCUGGACGCUCCCAUGAUGCACCAGGAGCCGUCGCUCUACUCUCUGUUCGAGGGGACUCCGUGGUCUCCGUCGCUCCCCGCCAGCUCAGAUCACUCCACCCCGGCCAGCCAAUCACCUCACUCCUCCAACCCCAGCAGCCUGCCGUCCUCCCCCCCCACACACAACCACGGAGCCAUGCCCUUCUCCAACUUCGGGCCCAUCGGCACUCCGGACAGCCGGGACCGCCGGGGGGUCGACCGCUGGAAGCACGACAAGACCGGAGCGGUGAGCGGCUUCGGGCUGGACUACCUGCCGGCUGCGGCUUCCUCGGCAGCUUCGGACUCCAGCUGGCACCAGACGGGGCCGGCCGGCAGCUCCUGGACCAAUCAGGAGUGUCCGAUGGAGGAGUCGUCCUCCACCGUGCUGCUCGACAGCCUCAAGUCUAUCUGGUCGAGCUCCAUGAUGCAGCCCGGCCCGUCGGCGCUGGAGCAGCUCCUCCUGCAGCAGAAACAGAAGCAGCAGCGAGGCCACGGCGUCAUGAACCCGCCGCACUGAACGGCAGGCCGCGGCGGCCGGCGCUUUGUGUCCGGAUGGCAACAACCAAACUACCACCACCAGGAGAAAACGGGAGGAGAAAAAAACCACAAGUUUGACGAAAGAGGAAGGCGAGGCUCCGACUUAAAUGGGAAAUUAAACGGUGGAUGUGCCGGGGAGGCGGCGACGAACCUCCGGCGAGGCCGAAACACCGACCCCACCCCCCCAUCGUCCGACGAGGAGCGCUGACGCCCCCUCCCCUCCUGGACCGGAGGGCCCGGCAGGAUCUCUUCAACCGCGGCGCUAACGCGACCGCCGGGUUUACCGUCAACCCGCGGAAAAACCUAAACAUUGAGGAACAAAAAACACAAACCCUUCCACUGCUUUCCUCCGAAGCCACGUCUACACACACCGCAAGAACUCACUCUUUCUUUGGGACAUAUACAAAAAAAUAUAAAGCAACGUCUGCUACCGGACGGCUGCUCGGCCCGGUUUCGGAGCGCCUGUUUUUAGCGUCUUCGCUGGCGCCCGCAGACUGAUUCGGGAUGGCGUUGAGAGAGAGCGAGAGAGAGAGAGCGAGGGCAGUGUGGCGGUCGGGCUCAGAGGGGAGGAACGGUUCAGGGAAGCACCGGGACGGUCAAACUAGACUGGACUUUCUGAUUUAUUUUCAUUUCUGUGGAAGAGGAGGAAGAGGAAGAGGAAGAAGGCUCUCUGUAGCUCAUUGGUUGAAUGAAGGAAGGAAACGACGGCUAUAUAAAUAUAUACAUCAAUAUAUAUUGCCAUAGUUGGGACAUUUAAAAAAAAAAAAAAAAAAAAACGGGCCUUUUGUCUCUUAGCCGUGUUGUGAGAAUGGGGACUGAACGCUGCUUUUUGCGAAGCCAGGUGCGUGACGUCACCUGUCGCCAAGCUGAGAGCGUGGUCGCCGCGACAUCGGCUUCACAACGUCAGCCACGGCGAGAGAGAGAAGUACAAGGGAAUAUAUAUAUAUAUAAGGGGGGGCGGGGCUAAGAACAUAAGAAUCCACCCCCGUCUAACUUAGGGAUAGUAUUACCGUUAGCUUCGAGAGAUUGCUGAUAUUAACGUAAACAACCAACUGUAUUUUGUGAUUUGUUCGUAGCAGUUUUAGCUUCUCGCCCUCCGAGGUGAUUACAGGUAUGUCUAUUAGCUUCCUGCUUGGAUAUUUUGAUGGGGUUUUCUCUUCCUGUCCCAGGCCUCUUCUUCCUGUUGUUUCUUUACUUAACGAAGAGAGAGA